AUGAAGAUUCCUCAGAUCAGCUAUGCAUCCACAGCUCCGGAGCUGAGCGAUAACACCCGCUACGACUUUUUUUCCCGCGUCGUUCCGCCGGAUUCCUACCAGGCCCAGGCUAUGCUGGAUAUUGUCACGGCGAUGGGCUGGAACUACGUCUCCACGCUGGCUUCUGAAGGGAACUACGGGGAAAGCGGCGUGGAAGCAUUCGUGCAGAUCUCCAGAGAGAUGGGUGGCGUGUGUAUCGCACAGUCUCUGAAGAUCCCUCGGGAGCCGAGGCCUGGGGAAUUCGACAAGAUCAUCCGCCGCCUCCUGGAGACCCCCCACGCCCGGGCCAUCAUCAUGUUCGCAAACGAGGACGAUAUCAGACGAGUGCUGGAUGCUGCCAAGAGGAGCAACCAGACGGGUCAUUUCCUGUGGGUGGGGUCUGACAGCUGGGGCUCCAAGAUCUCACCGGUCAUUCAGCAGGAGAGAGUGGCAGAAGGAGCCAUUACCAUCCUGCCCAAACGCGCCACGGUGGAGGCGUUCGAUCGCUACUUCCGGAGCCGCUCGCUCUCCAACAACAGAAGAAACGUGUGGUUUGCUGAGUUCUGGGAGGAGAACUUUGGAUGCAAGCUGGGGAUGCAUGGAAAGCGGCCAGGAAGCCUUAAAAAGUGCACUGGUCUGGAGAAGGUGGGCCGUGACUCCAGUUACGAGCAGGAAGGCAAGGUGCAGUUUGUGAUGGAUGCGGUUUAUGCCAUGGCACACGCGCUUCACCGCAUGCACAGGGACUAUUGCUUUGGAUACCCCGGCCUCUGCCCCCGUAUGAGCAAUAUCAACGGAAAAGAGCUGCUGGGAUACGUCCGGCACGUUAAUUUCAAUGGAAGUGCAGGCACUCCGGUGGUCUUCAAUCAGAACGGAGAUGCGCCAGGGCGAUACGACAUCUUCCAGUAUCAGAUUACCAACAAAUCGACAGCUGAGUACAAAGUGAUCGGCCAGUGGACAAACAAACUGCAUCUUAAUGUGGAUGCCAUGCGCUGGCGGACAGGCGACCCUACGCUUCCAGUCUCGGUGUGUAGUGUGCCUUGCCAGAUGGGUGAAAGGAAGAAGAUCGUAAAGGGUGUACCUUGUUGCUGGCAUUGUGAGCGAUGCGAAGGCUACCACUUCCAAGCCAGUGAAUUCAGUUGUGAGUUGUGUCCAUACGAGCAGCGCCCAGACCGUAAUCGCACCGGUUGCAUCCCCAUUCCAAUCAUCAAACUUGAAUGGCACUCUGCUUGGGCAGCCAUACCAGUGUUUGUUGCAGUUCUUGGAAUCCUGGCUACAAGUUUUGUGGUGGUCACUUUCGUCCGCUACAAUGACACACCAAUUGUCCGCGCAUCCGGCCGAGAGAUGAGCUAUGUGCUUCUGACUGGGAUUUUUUUGUGCUACGCCAUCACCUUCUUGAUGAUCGCAACACCAAGUUUGGCCAUCUGCUCUUUCCGAAGGGUGUUCCUGGGUUUGGGCAUGUGCUUCAGCUAUGCUGCUCUCCUAACAAAGACCAACCGCAUCCACCGCAUCUUUGAGCAAGGCAAGAAGUCGGUGGCUGCACCACGCUUCAUCAGCCCUGCUUCUCAGCUGGUCAUCACCUUCAGCCUGAUCUCGGUGCAGCUUCUCGGUGUGUUUGUGUGGUUUGCCGUCGAUCCGCCGCACACAGUGGUGGACUACGGUGAGCAGCGUACAUCCGACCCGGAGAAGGCUCGUGGGGUUCUCAAGUGUGACAUCUCAGACCUGUCACUCAUCUGUUCGCUGGGCUACAGCAUCCUUUUGAUGGUAACAUGCACUGUUUAUGCCAUCAAGACCCGCGGCGUGCCAGAGACCUUCAACGAGGCCAAGCCUAUUGGAUUUACUAUGUACACUACCUGCAUCAUUUGGCUAGCUUUUAUACCUAUCUUCUUUGGCACCGCACAAUCGGCAGAAAGGAUGUACAUCCAGACCACCACCCUCACCAUCUCUCUCAGCCUCAGCGCGUCUGUGUCUCUGGGGAUGCUCUACAUGCCCAAAGUCUACAUCAUCAUCUUCCACCCAGAGCAGAACGUGCCCAAACGCAAGCGCAGCUUCAAAGCAAUCGUCACUGCCGCCACCAUGUCAGGAAAACUCGUACAGAAGGGAAGCGACCGGCCCAACGGGGAAGUGAAGACUGAGCUUUGUGAGAGCAUGGAGACCAACACAUCUUCCACCAAGACGACAUAUGUCAGCUACAGCAAUCAUGCCAUCUGAGGAGGGACACUCUCUGUGGGCGGAGCCAAGGGCGGGGCCCUGUCUGAAGCAGGACGUCUGUCAUGUGACAUGUGCUGACAGGCAAACAGACCUGGAAUGGGCAUCUGAGCAUGAGAUUUUUAUAUCGUUCUGCAUCAAUCUAAAACCUGCAGCAUCCUGGAAGACAAACAGACUUAUGGGACCUUCCAGUGAGACUGCUAUCCUGCGUUCAAGAGCUACCGAUCCUGCCAUGAACACACGUGAACCCGCACACAGGUGCAGGCUUGCAGUCAUACAAAAAAGAACUUUACACAAAUAAUCGUGUAAACAUUUUGCAGAUGGAGAUGUUCACGGUAAACUUUGGAAAUGUGGAUG